CGCCACGAAUUACGAGGCCAGAGUAUUGUUCGACGCGAUCAAAUCUGGCAAUUGAGGUCUCGACGUUACCACUCGCCAGUCAUGGGGAAGUUAUACGCGAUCGGUGAUAUCCAUCUCGGACAUGCUUUCAACAAAGCGGCCUGGGGGCGGCUUUCGCCUCACCCAGAAGACGGCUUGAUAUUGUGUGGCGAUGUUGGCGAGACUGCCGCACAGCUUGAAAUUGCUUUCGAUGGUGCGACGCGGAAAUUCAAGGACGUCUGGUGGUGUCCGGGCAAUCAUGAGCUUUACACCUUGGUAAUGCAGACGAGCCUGCGGGGAGAGGAAAAGUAUGCGGAAUGCGUGGAGAUAGCCCGCAUGUAUGGUGUCAAGACACCAGAGGACGACUUUGCGGUAUGGGAAAGCGACGGGAACUCCGCCAUCGUUGCGCCCAUAUUUACCUUGUAUGACUAUUCCUUUCGGCCGGAUGACAUGGAUAAAGAUCAAGCCCUCGAAUGGGCCAAGGAAGCUGAUACUGUCGCAACCGACGAAUUUGUCUUACAUCCGGACCCGUACCCAACGCGAGAAGAUUGGUGCAAUGCUUUGGUCGAGAAGACGGAGAGGAAGUUGGAGGAAGCUGACAGAAGAGGCAUACCACUAGUUAUUGUAAACCAUUGGCCCCUCAGAGAAGAUCUAGUGUUUAUUCCCCGUGUACCACGCUUCAAGCUAUGGUGUGGAACGAAGAAAACAAAUGACUGGCACACAAGGUUCACAAACACUAAAGUCGUGGUGAGUGGACAUCUUCACGUCCCGCGGACCGAUUGGAAGGACGGAGUACGAUUUGAAGAGUGUUCAUUGGGGUACCCCAAGCAAUGGGAAUCUGCCAGGAAUAGCGGCCUGGAUAUUAACGAUCUACUAAGAGUGAUCUUGCCAGGUCCAGCCACGCCAGAGUCGGGUAUUCCGGAUACUCAAUGGCGGCGAUUCGGUUGAAGCAAGUCCAUAACCAAUUAUUUCUAUUAAUAUAAUUCAUAUCCGAUGACACUGUGUCACUGUAA